CAGAAUGAGCAAGGCAGUCAUCGGGAUUUUGAGGCAGCUCAUCGCUUUCCCCAGUGCGGAUGACCUGGAGGCAGUGGGAGCAGGUUUUGCCCAGCUGGCAGGGUCUCCAGCUUUCAGAGUAGUAGCUGGUGCUAUAGAUGGCUGUCACAUCUGCAUCAAACCACCAGCAAGUGACGUGCAGUGCUGCUUUAAUCGGAAGCUCUUUAAUUCUGUACAGCUGCAGGCCAUCACUGACCACCAGGGGAAGUUCCUCGACAUUUUUGUGGGGUAUCCUGGGUCUGUGCACGAUGCCAGGGUGCUGAAGAACAGCCCUGUGUACACUGGCUGCCUGUUUCCACCUGCAGGAAAAUGCAUCCUUGGAGAUGGUGGGUAUCCUUUCCUGAGUGUGCCCAUCUGCCUCAUGGCACCAUACAGAGAGCCUGUACAGAAUGCUGUACAACAGGAAGCAUUCUCGUGCACGGAACAUCGUCGAGAGGGCCUUCGGGAUGCUGAAAACGCACUGGCGUUCCAUUUUUUGCUUUUGUGCCAGAUGUCAUUGCAUGCUGCACGGCACUCCACAACCUGUCUUAGUAAUGGGGACAUAGUUGAUCCAGAAGUUGCGGAGGAUGACGAUGGCCCAGCUGAACCCACCUGAACCCCACAGCACAGAAGCCAGCACAGGAGAGCAUGUGCGGGACAAUUUAGCUGCAGCGGUGUCUGCACCUGGCAACUGUGUGCCUGCUCUUCAUGAGCACGAUUACCUGUAGGACACUUAACACAGGUUAAAAUCAGUUCUUGUUCUUAGAUUGACAGUGUUCCAGCUUGUCUAUGUUAGUUAUGUUAGUUAUUAUGUAAAUAGUUAGGUGUGUGUGUGGGCACCGCCCACAGGGUGCUGUGAUGCGUACAGUGCAGUAGUAGUAGUAAGAGAGGUGUAUGGCUAUCUGUGUGCAUCCCUCUGUCUUACAGCUCACUGCCGCUGGACAAAGCCUCUCCAUCACCAAGACUCCUGUCGGGCCUCCACGCGGCUGCACAUGGUAACUGGGGAUAUUGCAGACCCAGGCUAAUCGACAGGGGAUCUCGGAGCUACAGUGGUCCCUAGAGGUGACACCCACCAACCACUGGCACACUGCCUUAGGCUGUGUGUGAAUUUGUAUACCAAAUCUUUAACAUCCUAACUACAUAUCACAUACUUUAGCUUAAUUACAAAUUAUUUACUUCAAAUUCAAAUCCAAAAUUACCCAAGGUGUAAAGUCCUCAUCUUGUACACAUGCUUUGAAAGGAACAUAUAUUGAGUUAUUUUAAAGUGAUGCCCUACAAAUGACAUUGCUAGUAUCAAAGUCCCUUUAGAUC